GUGAUGGUGAGAGAACGAGCCAGAUCUUGCGUGUCUGCUGCAGAAAGGAACGGAUUGUGACGUGGAGUUGCGAGGUGGGGAUCGUCGGAGACGGGUGGUCCCCGUAUACCCCCAUUAGUUUUCAAGCGUGAGCAACGCAUUGCCCCUCGGCAACCGCCUCCCGCAAGGAACGUUAUGACGUCCGCUCCACGUGGAAAUCCUCUCCGCAUCUCCGACUCCGCUUUGUACCAAAUUCCAAUCAAUCUUUGCAGUUUCGAGGAAGCUCUUUCGUGGUGUAAUGCCAUUUUAAUGGUGUGAAUAUAUAUAGUGUAAAGGAGGGUAGCUGGCAGAUGCACAGAAAUUCAACUACAGGAUUAUCCGAGGAUAUUCCACCCAGCCAUCGCUGGCUAAGGUUGUCUGCUCGGAGAAAUACAUUGGAGUUGGAGUGAGAGCGCCAUUGUCACCCAAUUGCAAUAGUUGUGUGUGGAGUCUGGAGAGAAGGAGAGAUUGCUGGUUUUGGGUUCACGACCAACAGGGUACACAUGGUGAUUCUGAACGGGAAAUUCUAUACUAUGGAUCGAGAGUGUUCAGGGUAGGUUUUGGAGGCAGUUUUGGCGAGAGCCUGGAUCUGGAGGCGUGAGUGUGAGGGGGGAGGGGGGAAGAUGAAGUAUGGGAAACAGUUGCAUGUGUUGGCGGAACAGAUGCCGGUGGAGUACCGGGAUAAGUUUCUGUCCUACAAGCAGUUGAAGAAGGUAAUCAAUAAUAUUCUGCAGCACAACUCCUUGCCCGCUGCAGCCUUUGUGGAUGCGGAGGUGGAGGUGGGGGCGACGGGGGUGGUGGUUGCGGUGGAGGAGGAAGCCCUCGAGCCCGCAGCGAAGCGGGCGAGAGGGGAGGAGAGGAUGGGUGGUGUGAUGGGUGGAGUCUCAGAGGAACGGGUGGUCGAGGAGAAAGGUGGUGUGGCAAUAACUGUUGGGACAAAGAGGAAAGCCGGAGAAGAAACAGAGGUCGCAGCAGCUGGUUUUAAUCGUAACGUGGAGGCAAAUAUCGUGAGUUCGCCCGUGCAGAGGGAGGCUGUCCUCAGUAAGCAAUGCUCGGUCGAGAAGGAGCUCACGAUAGAAGAGGAGGAUUUCUUGCGGCUCCUGAAUGUUGAGCUCGAGAAGUUCAACCAUUUCUUCACGGAACAGGAAGAAAUCUAUGUUAUUCGCUUACAGGAGCUAAAGCAAAAGCUGGAGAGGCUUCGACAAAAACAUGGCGCAGGCGUGAUGGAAAAUCAGGGUUACUUUAACGAUGACCUUCUGUCAAUCCGGACAGGUCUCGUUACUCUGCAUGGAGAACUCGUUCUUAUGGAGAGUUACAGCUCCCUAAACUACACCGGAUUGGUGAAGAUUUUGAAGAAACAUGACAAGCGCACAGGAGCUGUGCUUCGUCUGCCCUUCAUUAAGCGGGUGCUUCUGCAGCCAUUCUUCUCCACUGAGCUGCUGACUCAGCUCGUUAAAGGAUGUGAAAAGCUUUUGUUGACAUUGCCUUCUCCGCCUAUGGAGCAGAGCAUCAACAUUGAAUUAAUUGGUAGAGCCGGAGACUCUCAGAGUGAGCCACGACAGCCCUCAUAUCAAACAGGUCAUACCGCUGAGGGAAUAUUAAAAAGCGCCGUGGCUGCUUUACGCACUAUUCAGGAGAUACGGAAGGGAAGUUCAACUGUCAGUGCCCUGUCUCUGCCACCUUGCAAUCUGAACGGAAACGAUGAACGAUAUGCUGAAGGACGAAGGUCUUCUCCUGUGGCUGGUAUCGUCUAGGGUCCAGUACCUUCAGGCUGCGCAAUGGGUAACAGUGACGUAGUUGGGGAUGAAGUGAAGUGCGGCUGGACAUUUCGCAACAUUGGGGGGUUGGACAUUUGACUGAAGACCCUUUUGUUGCUCUCUUCUGUAGGAGAUUGAAUCCCGCCGAAGUCUAGUUUUCCUCUACAACAAUACCAGUUCUCGACAAAUACAUUUGUCUUGAUUGUGGUAUAUGACUUCUAUCUGAAACUGUGGUGUAGUAUGAUUCCUAACAUAGCAAAUAAAUACAUGAGAUUAUAAAAUAUGUGAGCAAUAUUGUCUAUCGUUCGUGCAAAUUCAUGUGGGUGCAAAUCGUAUUACUAGUUUUUUAAAUUGGCAAAAACAUGAUCAACUUGUUGAAUUGCCAGUGUACCUCUAUAUAGUUAUCAAUGAGAAUUUUCCUCUAUAAUAACAUGUAAA